AAAGUAUUAUUCAGCCGCCAUUUCUGUCUGUCUGUCUCUCUCUCUCUCUCUCUCUCUCUCUCUCUCUCUCAGAGAUGAUGGAAAGUUACCCAGAUUUUCUCUCAGCUUCAUCGUCUUCAACCUCCCUCUCUUUCCAGAAAAUGCUGAUUUCUCGAGCUUCCGAGCCCACCGGAAUCCAUGGAAGUCAUUUCCGGGAGGCGGGCAUCUCCGGUGGGUUUCCGUUGUUUCCCGACGUGUCGGGGAGCUACAUGUCUGUGGGUACGAGGAGUAGUAUGAAGGAAGAUAUGGUUUCGGUUAGUAAAGGGUCAGCGGUGGAGGUGGUGGAGGGAGGAGCGGAGACGACGGAGAUGACGGCGGCGAGACAGGGAGAUAAUGAUAAGAAAAAGAAGACGAGAAGCCGGAGAUUUGCUUUUCAAACAAGGAGUCAAGUUGAUAUUCUUGAUGAUGGAUAUCGAUGGAGAAAGUAUGGACAGAAGGGUGUGAAGAACAACAAAUUCCCAAGAAGCUACUAUAAAUGCACACACCAGGGGUGCAAGGUGAAGAAGCAAGUGCAAAGGCUAACAAGAGAUGAAGGAGUGGUGGUGACAACUUACGAAGGCAUUCACUCUCAUCCCAUUCAGAAAUCCACAGAUAACUUCGAGCAUAUUUUGACCCAGAUGCAAAUUUACACUUCUUAUUGAUUAAUUUACAAAUAUUUACUCGUGUAAAAUUUAUUACAUUUUUUCUAUACAUAUAAACAACUAUUUAUUUUAGGA